UGCAGAACAGUAGCGCUCCAGGAGCAGGGCUGGAGACCCUUGGCUUAGACUUUAAUGAGUUUAGAAAUAAAUCUAUAUCAGAUACUUCUAAACCAGAUAUACAGAUACUAGAGCAGUUUUUAGUCGAUUAAAGACAUAUGUAUUGUUUACCAGUUUAAAUACGUGAUAUUAAUGAAGUUAGAUCAUAUCUAUUGUUUCUUAUGAACUCAAACUCUAAAUUCAAGGCUGAAUAGCCCCAAACACUGUGCAUUUACUGUACAGUCUUGUAUUGUUUUCAUGAAUUCACUUUUGUAACCCAUCGCUGGCUGCAGGAUGUUCUUGACUUUGGCGCUUUUGCGGAAGGGAAUCCCAGGAAAGCAGUGGAUUGGGAAGUACCGUCGACCGCGGGUAGUCACCUGGCAGAUAAAACGCAAUAUGAUUAAACGCCUGGAGCAGGAAGCAGAGAAUGAAUACUGGAUAAGCCGGCCAUUCAUGACGCAGGAACAGGAGCAAGGCCACGCGGCACAGAGGCGGGAGUGGAUGUGGCAACAAAUCAAAGCUACACGACAAGCCAAGUUUCCUGAACACAAAUACGUUGCAGACCAACUAAACCACCUGAACAUCACCAAGACCUGGCCCAGCUAACCAGAACAUCAAAGACUGAUGCAUCUCAGAGUUUGGAAAGAGGAAAUUGAUGAAAACCUAGGACUCUUUGUGUUUGAUUUGAUAUUUUCUGCAUCAUGCAUCUGUAUGUUAUAUGUGCUGUGUUUAUAAAUGACUUCUGAUCAUCACA